UGGGGGGAAGACCCAGGACACGCUGGAGGGACUAUGUUCCUCGGCUGGCCUGGGACCAGUCGUCCUGAGUGGUUUGGAAGGUUGAUACAAUAACAGGUCUUUAAUGUAUUUUGGUGCUAAGCCGUUCAGUAAUUUAUAAAAGUCUGAACAGAAUAUCCUGACUAGUGUGUAAAGGACACAUUAGUUAUCAAUGGUAAUACAGUGCCAUCUACUGGUUUUUACAUAGAACCAUGUCUUUUUUAUGGAAACAAUUAAGGACAAAGAAAUCUAGUUUUUUUAAAAAUCUGGCAAUUUACUCAGUUACUUGGCAAUCUUCUCAAUCUUUUUCUUCUUAUGCUGAGAUAAAGCCUUUUUUGUCCUCUCAGCUGCAACUCUCAUGAAACACAAGAUUUAUACUUGGUUCUAGUUUCAAACCACCAGAAAUGCAGUUUUUCAGCAUUUGUCAGCUGUUACAUAGCAAAUAAUGUUGAAAAUUGAAUGCCGAGCUGCUGAUCUACAGAUCCUCCAUUUUUCACUUCUUUUGAUGAGAUAAAGCUUUUUUGUCCUCUCCCUCACCUGCCACUUUCAUGAAACACAAGGUUUAGACUAGGUACCAGUUACAAACAACCGGAGCUACUGCUUCUCAGCAUUUCUGUGCUUUUCCAAAGUUAAUAAGGCUGAAAAUUGAAUAUAGAGCUGAGAAUUCAAUCUGGAGAGAUUUAAAAGGUUUAUUGACAUACAUGAACUAAAGCUCUUUGGCGCUCGGCCCCCUACUGAGGACAUCGAGCUGUGAAUUGCAAUAAGCUCGAUGAGCAUUCCCGCUGCUGGUUCGGAAUGUCAUCCCUCGGGGCCCGACACUGGUGGUGGAGGUUGGGUGAAGAAUUCAUGCCUGGAGUGCUGGGAGAGUGGAGGUGGAGAAGGGGCGGAGCUGGAAAGCAGAAGAUGCCAUGGAUGGAGGUCCUUAUCAACUGGGGCUUAGUCGGUGAUUGGCCAUGAAUUGGCUUGGUCCACCGUUGCAACACGUUCUCACUCCCGACUCGUCAUAUAUUGACGCUUGGGCAGGUUCCCUCAGCGUCACAUAUUGACGCGUCGGGUACCCCGUUCGCGUCAAUAAUUGACGAGAAGGGUUCUCUCAUUGAAUGCUGUACGGCUCCCUAAGCGUCCAAAACCGACGAUCUAGGAACAAAUAAGAUGACGAGUCUGUUCUAUUUUUGUAAAAGGCACACAAUUCGUGCAUAGCAGAUGUAUUUGUAGGUUUUUAACAAUUUAGUUAAUUUUACUUCAGUUUUAAAAGAUCCUCCGGUUCUCUGAAGCCGCGAUUUUAUCUACAUUUCUAUUUAUUUUUUAACAGCAGACACGAAUUACACCAGUUUCACUGAUUUCAUCGUAACUUCAUGAUUGCAAAGGACAUAAUAUUCUAAUUUUUACACAAUAAUAAAAAAAGAAAGGAAUACGUAUGUUAUUUGGAGUUUAUGAGGUUACAGAUAAUACCGGCAUGCACCUCCGAAGUCGUUUGCAGUCCAUUAAUAAUUAAAAAAAGAAUUUUAAUAAAAAUGUUUAAGAAGAGUGAGGGUGCAUUUCCUUUUGUGAUUACAUGCCAGACGGUUCUGUAAACGUUUGAUUAAAAUAAAAAUAAGGACAGAUCCCACCCGUCCAUAAAUCUACGAAGAAGAAGAAGAAGCUGACGUCAUCGCAUGCGACAUUGGACCCCGGUGAGUACAAACCUGAAUCUGUCAGAAAUGGUUUUGUAUUAUAAAACAAAAGAAAAUACUACACAUUCUUGUGAAUGCAGUUGUAGGACUUAAUGGUAGUAGGACUGUGCCGCGAAUGGUUGAAGACAUUUGGACACGUUUGUAACAUGUAUUUUUUUAAUUUUUGUUGCCGCUAGCUACAUUAGCUAGCUACAUUAGCCGCUUGGAGCCCAGAGAGUUCAGCUGAACCUGCACUUAAUACAUUUAAUUAGCCAUGAUAGAGUCACAGAAUUGUUUGUUGUAUAAUUUGAGGGUUGCUAUAACAACCCUAGGCUGUGAUGAUCCUAAAGGUUUUCUGAAUACACUGAUUGCAGCUAGGUCAUGCAUUUGAAUUAAAAACGAACUUGGGUCAUUACAGCCAAAGUUCUCUCCACCUGUCUAAGUUGAAAUAAAUAACUUCCGAAAUCUGAACAUUUAUUUUGUUUUUAUGUCAACAGGUUCUUCUUUGAGAUAUUCAUCUGACAUACAUUUCUGCUCAUUCAUAGCACCCACAAAAGGCACUUUUAAGAGCCACGUUUGUCAUAUCUCUUCGUCAUCUUUGUGUUCUUAAUUUGUCUAUUGUUCUUCACGUAAUUUGUCAACAGUUCUGUUUGUUUGUUUGUUUGUCCAUCAUAAGUCUUUGCAUUCUAUUUUGCUCUUUGUCAGUGUUUUUUAAGUAUGACACGCCCCAAAUUCAGGCCAUGCGCACAGUGUCAAACGCCCAAUCAGGCAAACAGAAAAAGUUGUGUCGCCUGCCACCAGAGUCUUUACACCAAAAAAAAUAAAAUAAAAGAAAAGUUUCAGACAUUCAAUGAUCAGUGGAGGGAAACAGUUUUAAAAAACAGAAAUGUUUCCCGCAUAAUGGAUUCUGCGGAAAUUGCAGUAAGUAGAAAAUUUUAGACUGAAAAAGUUCUGUUAAUGAGCAAAAUAAUGAAAAACAACUGCUCUAAUAGGAUGGUGCGUUUUAGUAACUUGUAACAUGUUUUUAUCAAUUGCAGGUUCGCAAACUUCAUGCUUUAGGCUAUAAGCCUAUUUUAUUUUUUGCUAAGGAAGAUAAGUCUUUAAGCAAGUGGGUAGCAGAUGUAAUUACUCAUUUGGAGCCCACUGCUACUACAAAUAAUUUUCUUGAGAAGAUGCAAAGGGCUUAUGAAUUUCUCCUCCCUGAAGCCACGUCUGUACCAUUGCAGCCUGACACCUCCACGGAACAGCAGGUUUUUUCACCCAAAGAGCAGUGGGCUGAUGAAAAAGCUGAGAACCUGGUCUAUGAACCAACAGAGACAAUAGCUGAGGAAGAGCCUGUGAUUGUGCUUGAUCUGGUUCCUGUUUCUCCUCCUAUUGUUCCUUCUUCUCCGGCUUUCCAGAAGAAGAAAAGAGCCAGAAGCACCUCUCCACCUGCCUCUCCUCCUACUCUGCCAUCUGUCUCUCCCAUAGACCAGCCAAAUCAACAUUCAUAUGAAUCGCCUGCUGCCCAUGCCAUCUCGUUAAGUCAGGGUGGCCUAUUUGAAAAUAAGAAGAGAAAGGGUUGCCGGAAAUGUAGCAGACAAAAGGUGUUCCUGUUUGACUCAAUCACUGGGCAUAGGACUAAUGCGGGCAAAGAGGAAGUAAAAAUUCAUUGGUUACCCUGCUCUGCUUGGUGAGAAGUGUUUCUUUGCACUUAUUAUUAUUAUUUUGCUAUUUCAGGGGGAAGUAUAAUGGAAAAUCAACUUUUGGAGCUGUAUAUCAUGUUAUAAUGUCAUCAAGCUUUCUGUGGCCUUUUGCCACAAAAGCUUUUCCUUGGCUUUUCAGUCUCUAGCUGAGAUAGUGCCCUACAAAGCAUACAUCCCACAUGCAACCCCUCAAAGCUAGUGGCAACAACAAUUAGCAAACACCUGGUGGAACAGCCCCUCUGCUGAGCUCAUGUGAGGGAUCUUCUCAGUCCAACUCUACUAAGAAUGGCUGUAAACCGCUUGGAGGAGUGAUGUUGUGAUGACAUCCUGAAGGCAGAGUGUCAGAAGAGCAGGCGCUUCUUAAAGAAACAAUGACCCAUUUUCAAAGGGGUUUAUUUGUAUCUCCAAUAGCCAUUGCCUUAAACAUGGCUAUUCUUCCUGGGAUCCAUAAUUUAAAGUGUGCAAAUGGCAAAGUGACAUUUCUUUUAAGUCAUUUUUGAUAGAAUACCUAUCAAACAUGUUGCCUUCAUUUUUUAUAAUAGCUGAAGGUAACAGACUUAUUUUAUUAUAUUAUGAAAAGGCACUAUGGACCUGUGGA